CUUUAUUUAAGACUUUUCUUUCUACAUUUUUAACAUUUUCUGGACUUAAGUGGAUUACAAUCUUCCAUCUUCACUGUGAUUUGUGGUCAGGCGCUCUUCUGUUCUUGGAAGAGGAGUUUCACUUUAAUUGCAGUAUUUCAUUGCUCUGCCGACCUUCAUCCAAGUUUUCCUUCAGUCUUUCUCUCUCUGGCUGUGUUUUUCCUCUGUUAGAAGAAAGAAGAGCAAACAGUAUUUCUAAACUUCCCUCGUGCUUCUCGACAAGUACCAGAUUACUCUCUGCGUUCAGCUCCUCCUGCAGUUGUUCCCUUUCUCUCCUGUGUGUGUGUGUGUGUGUGUGUGUUUUGGGUUGGAGGAGGGGAGGUUUGGAUUUGAGGUGCAGUCAGACGAGGGAGGUCGUCUUUCAGUCCAGAUAUGGAGGCUCCGCUGUUGAAAGAAAAACUCUGCUAACACUUGGAAACUUUACUUAUUGUGCUUCUGACCAAACAGGCUAUCAUCUGGGAGGAGAUUUACUCUUUCCAUCUCGUGCUUUAGUUGUUGCUUUCUCUCUUUGCUUGGUUUUGAGGAGGCUGUACCUGUCAAUGACAAGGAUUGUAUUUUGGGCUACAAAGGACAAUAAGCAGUGGAUUACACCGUCCAGAUCUGCUGUGAGUUGCAGUCAAGUUUCAAAGCGUGUGGAUUCUGUUUUCACCUCUGAAAGUAACAACGUACCUUUGUCCUUUACUGAACUUAAGAGGCGUUUGGCUGUUGCCACCGUAUUUGCAUGUUGGAUUAUCCUGCUUAUUAACUGCGGUCAUUCUGCUUCAGAAGUUCCUAGUUCCUAGAACCUCUAGUGUGUUUUUUUUUUUCCUAGAGAGUCUCUUUCUUCUCUUAUCUCUUCAUUCCUACCUCCUAUCUUUCUCUCCCUCUCUCCUUUGUGUACUCUGGAGAAGGAGGAGCUUAGGACCAAACAGAAGAGGACUGGAUAGUGAUGUCAUCAUGUGCAUUUACAUUUUCACCAAAAAAGCUUAAUGGAGAGGACAAACAGCACAACAGCACUUCAACAAACAAUGCUAACUGCUGAAUUAAAAACUUGCCUUCAUUCAUCACGGUAACUGCUGUUUUCUGGGGCAAUAGCAGCUCUUUGAUUUGUUAACUCCACCUCUACAUGGAACCACUCUGAACCAAUCAGAAGCCCACUGCCAGCUAGCUAUGGACUGCACGGCGGCUAUUUUGAAAGCAUGCGCCCGCUCCAGAACCAAGUGGUGUCGGCAUAAGCGGUCUUCCGUCCAUCGCCCGUGGAGACUGGCGGACGACUGCAGUUGCGGUAGAGAUGUUGUGGAGGCGGGGGUCGUCAGCCAUGCCUCCUCCCUCCUGCGGCGCUUGCUGUUUUACGUGUGCUGCUGUCUUUCCCACGAGGAGAGCUCUGAGCUGUGUCGGCAAUGGGUGGAUCGUCCUGGAGGAGGAAGAGGAAGAAGUGAGGAAGAAGGUGAGGAUGAGGAGUUAGGACCCCCCCCUUCAGUAGACGAGGCAGCUGAUGCUCUGAUGACCAGGCUGGGCUUCCUGCUGGGGGAAAAGAUAAUCAGUGGAGAGCCGGGCUCCCCUUACCACGCCCAGGAUGAUGGACAGAGGAUCUCUCCUUCCUCCAGUCUCGCCAGUAGCAGCAUCUCCCCCUGCUCCACACUGCAGCCACCUGCUGGAGGGGAGGGCGACAACAACAAGCAUGCUUCCCCCAGCCAUGCCUCCGUCACCUCCCCCACCUCAACACUGGAGAGCAGAGACAGCGGCAUCAUAGCCACGUUGACCAGCUAUUCUGCUGAAUCGGCAGCAGAGAGAGACAACAGCGCCAAGUACCCCGGCGAUGGUUACCAUGGCAGCAGCCUGAACCUCUGGCAGCAGGGGGGGCGGCCGGUGGUGGCCUCUACCUCCUCCUCCUGUAUGAUAGCAGCAGGAAGAGCGAAUGACGGCUUCCUGUACAGGGUGGAGGACAACAUGGCCGCCUCCACUUACAGCCUCAACAAACUCCACCCAGACCGAGGCCCUGGCUCCGCUCGCUCGUCAGGCUCCAGUCACUCCAUCCCUCCCUACCUCAUGCCCCGCCCUAAUUCAGUUGCUGCCACUAGUUCUGCCCACCUUGAAGAUCUAGCCUAUCUGGAUGAGCAGCAGAGACACAUCCCUUCAAGGACGUCCCUCAGAAUGCCCAGACAGAAUUCUGGGAGUCGUAGUCAACAGGACCACAGAGUUCGUUUCACUCCCUCUCUCAACCUGAAGCCCCUCUACUUUGAGGUUGCUGGUCUGGUGUCUGAUUGGCUGUUCACCGGCAGGGAGUGGCUCUUCCAGGAAGUGGACGCACGUCUUCGCAGCGGUGACCCAUCAACCAGUCGGGGUGUAGUGAUCGUCGGCAACAUGGGCUUUGGGAAAACGGCCAUCAUCGCCCGUCUGGUGGCGCUCAGUUGUCAUGGAAAACGCAUGUGGCCAAGCGCUUCCGGCAACCAGACCAUGCCUAAAAAUGUAGAGGCGGUUUCUUUCUCCCACGAUUCCCUGGGAAGAGGAGGAGUAGGAGAUGAAGGAGGAGGAGGAAGCUGUCCAGGGACUCCUGAGAUGAGGAGGAGACAGGAGGAGGCGCUGAGGAGGCUUGCAGGACAGGUAGUCUCGUAUCAUUUCUGUCAGGCUGAUAACUGUCACACCUGUCUGGUUCCGGAGUUCGUCCACAACAUGGCGGCGAUGCUAAGUGACGCCCCUCAGCUGUCGGCCUAUCGGGAGCUGCUGCACCGGUCGCCACAGCUACAGAGCACGCUUAGUCUGCGCUCCUGCAUCCAGGAUCCGAGCUCUGCCCUCCAGAGAGGAAUACUAGAACCACUGGACGCCCUCUACAGAGAGAGGAAGUUGCACGUUGAGGGGGCGGGGCUUAUUAUACUGAUUGAUGGGCUGAACGAGGCAGAGUUCCACCGGCCGGACUACGGCGACACGCUGACUUCCUUCCUGUCCCAAAACGUCCAGAAAUUUCCUUCCUGGUUGAAGGUCAUUACCACUGUCAGGACCAGUCAGCAGGACAUCACUGGUUCUCUACCUUUUCACUGCAUCUCUCUAGACAGGAUGGAAGAGAACAGCGCUAUAGACCAGGACCUGCAGGGUUACCUGAUGCAGCGUAUCCACAGCAGUGCUGAGAUCCAGAGCAAUGUGUCGCUGAGCAAUGGUCGCCUUGACAACACAGCACUAGCCAAGCUGAUCAGCCACCUGAAGAGCCUGAGCAAGGGCUCGUACCUCUACCUGAAACUGACCCUGGACCUGAUAGAGGGAGGAUACCUUGUCCUAAAGAGCUCCAGCUUCAAGGUGGUUCCUGUAAGUCUAGCAGAGGUCUACCUGCUGCAGCUCAACAUGCGGUUUCCCACCCAGUCAUCUUUUCAGAGAGUUCUGCCACUGCUCAAUGUUACUGUGGCAUCACUGCACCCACUGACCGACCAGCAGCUGUUUGAGGUGGUGAAUGCGGGCACUCUGACUGGAGGAAUGCUGCACUGGGUGGAGUUUGUGCACCGCCUGGAGCAGCUCUCCCCUUUCUUGCUGCGGCGAAGCGACGGCAGCAGGAUGCUAAACCACGCCUCCUUCAGGGAGUGGCUGAUGUGGAGAGAGGAGGGUCAGGAUGACAGGUUCCUCUGCGACCCCAGGAGCGGUCACACUCUCCUGGCCUUCUGGCUCUGCAGACAGGAAGGAAAGUUGAACCGACAGCAGACACUGGAGCUGGGACAUCACAUCCUGAAGGCUCACAUCUACAAAGGUCUGAGUAAGAAGCUUGGGGUUUCCUCCUCAGUUCUGCAGGGGCUGUGGCUGUCCUACAGCACGGAGAGCCUGAGCCCCGCUCUCUCAUCGCUGCGCAACCUCUACACCCCCAACAUCAAGGUGAGCAGGUUGCUGAUUAUGGGUGGGGCUGAUGUGGAUUUCCGGAGUGAUGUCCUCAACAAUGCCCCCCUGCUGUGUGUCCACGCACACCUGGGCCACAGUGAUGCUGUGGCACUGCUGCUCGACCACGGAGCUCAGGUGGAUGCUCAGUCACAUGAUGGUUUGACUGCACUUGGAUUCGCUGCUGCAGCUGGACAUCUGGACAUCGUCAACAUGCUGAGUCAGCACAGAGCUAAGGUGGGUCAUGUGGACAGCUCAGGGCGGUGUGUGUUGGUGCACGCGGCUCAGCGGGGCCACCUCGAGGUGCUGCGCUUCCUGCUAAAGCAUGCGGACUGGAACUGCACUUCCUGCUGCGGCCAGAGGGGGGCGAGCAGGUGCCAGGCAGUGCAGCAGGCUCUGGUUGCAGCAGCCAGCAUGGGUCACACAGAGAUGGUGUCAUACCUCCUGGAUCUUCCAGAGGAAGACGAGGAAGAGGAGGAGAGACCUGAGAUCAACACACCUGACAUUCUGUGGGGAGAGACAGCUCUGACAGCAGCAGCAGGAAGUGGCCGGCUGGCUGUCUGCAGGCUGCUGUUGGAUCAGGGGGCUGCUGUUGAGCAAGGCAACAGGCGGAGUGUGGCUCCGCUCUUCAGUGCUGUGAGACGUGGCCACUGGCAGGUGGUGGAGUUGUUAUUGAAUCACGGGGUGGAGGUGAACAUGGUCGACCAGCAGGGUCGAACAGCUCUGAUGACGGCAGCCUCAGAGGGACAUAUGACCACUGCCCAGCUGCUACUGGAUCAUGGAGCCUCUCUGGACCAGACAGACAGGGAAGGGUUAACGGCGCUGAGCUGGGCGUGUCUGAAAGGCAAGCUCCCAUUGGUCAGAGAACUAGUGGAGAGAGGUGCGGCCACAACUCAUGCUGACCGCAGUGGACGGACACCUCUGGAUCUGGCUGCCUUCUGUGGUGACCCAGAAGUGGUGCAGCACCUGGUGGAUCAUGGUGCAUCGGUGGAGCAUGUGGAUUGCAGCGGGAUGCGUCCUCUGGACCGAGCGGUCGGCUGCAGAAACACUUCAGCAGUCAUCGCUCUGCUCAGAAAGGGAGCCAAAAUAGGACCAGCGACCUGGGCCAUGGCGACCUCUAAACCUGACAUCUUAAUGGUUCUGCUAGGUAAAUUGAUCCAAGAGGGAGACAGACUGUACAAGCAAGGUAAAGUGAGGGAAGCUGCUCACUCCUAUCAGUCAGCUCUCCAGAAGUUUCCAGGGGACGAACUGAAGACGUUCAGACAGCUGAGAGUGUGUGUGCUGCUCAACCUGUCACGCUGCCGCCGCAAGAUGAAUGAUUUUGGCCUUGCUGAGGAGUUUGCUACCAAGGCGCUAGAGCUGAAAGCGAAAUCCUACGAAGCCUUUUAUGCCCGAGCCCGCGCUAAACGCAGCCGCAGACAGUUCCAUGCAGCCCUGGAUGACCUGAUUGAGGCCAGCCGCCUGUGCCCAUCCAACCGGGAGAUCCAGCGCCUGCUGUCCCGGGUCAAGGAAGAGUGCCGGCAGGUUGCACAACAACAAGACUCUCCCCCUCCUUCAUCACAUCAUGUUUAUCAACAAAAUAUGCCCAUGUCCAUCAAUGAGGCCAGGUGUAGAGAUUCAGGUUGUUUGCAGGUGCAGGACAGGGAGGGGCUUACCGAGGAAGAGGAGGAGGAAGAGGAGGAGGAAGAAGAGGAAAGUCACAGGGAAGGAGAUGCUCCUCCUCACUCCUUUCACCAUCCACCUGUGGUUCAAGGUCUCGACACCCACUGCUGCCCUGGGGUGCCAUCACCUUCCUCCCUCUCCCCCACUCACCUGUAUCGUAACCUCCCCAGCCCAUCCCACUCCCCGUCCUCCUCUUCUCCCUGUCACUCUGCGCCUCCUCCUCCGUCCUCCUCCUAUCACCAUUUCAGCCCUCCUCCCUCUCCGAUGCAGCAUCAGCAGCGUGCCAGCCCAAUGUCGGAAAGCAUGCCUGCAUUGUCAGGAAAUGGAGGUCUGCACCACCAUCCGCAGGCCAUCUCAGCCCUCCACUACUCAGACCAGAACCAGGGAGUGCAGCAGCACCACCAUCAGAGAUCCUUCCAGAAGCAGAACCCUGUUCAAGGCCAGUGGCUCCAACCAGCCAAAGUCCAGGUUGUCAGAACCAGUCAGCCCAGUUCCUCGGCCCACUCCAGCAUGAUUUUGGGAAGUUCUGCCUACUCCCAGUUUGGCCAACUGCCGCAAGAACUGUCCCAGCUAGGGGAAGGCAUUUGCCCGAGCCCCCGAGAGAUCAGGCCUAGCCUGCAGGUCCAGGCUGGUCUGAGCUCUGGAGCUUCAUAUCCACUAGAUGAUGUGGAUGUUGACUUUGUUUGCCAGACAAGACAAGCAUCUGCCUAUGGGAGAGAAGGAGGAGGGGAUAGGGCAGGGAUAAAUCGAUUUGGCCAGGCCCGUCAGUUCAGCCGCAACCAAUCCAAAGCAGCCUACUACCCCAUGGAAGUUACUGAGGCAACAAUGGGGCCUCCUGAUAACCUUCCAUCAUCACACGAUUACCAAUACCACCACCAGGGGGGACUACGGCGCCCACUCAGUGCCCACCCAACCUCCUCCCCCGCUCCUCCCCCCAGGCCUCUUGUCCACUCUCAGAGUAUCAGCGUCCGGCAGCCCGCUAAUCAUGGCCCAGGCUUCAGGACCUCAGCCUCCGUCCAGCACAUGGAUUUACCUUCAGAUCUGGCCUCUGUGGGAGGAGUUACUGGUUACCACGACGACCUCUUUCUGAUCUCCUCUCCCCAGUCAGAAAUAUGCAUGGUAGGAGGCGGGACUUAUCCUGGAGAGGCGGGCCGUUCGUCUAGGAACACUCCUUUUAUGGGCGUCAUCGACAGGACCGCGAGGGUGCACCAGCAGUAUCAACAACAAGCUCCUUCCAGUUCUGCAUCCUGUCUCAGCCCUACUCGCUCCUGGGCCGUGUCUUCAGUGGACACGGUCGUCACCUCACCUAGCAAAACCCCUGUCAAUCAAGGAGGCUUCAGUCAACCCCAGUCAUCCUCCAUCGCCUACCACAACCGCAGCAACAACAAUGCCCACAAUGGUCACCUCCUCCGUGACAACCAGCUCGACUACUAUGAGGUGCAGCCGGGCAGCAGUCCUCAGGGCGAAGGCUCGGUGCAGGUCGCCAGUCAGAAUCCCUCGUAUCUGGAUGUGAAGCUGGCUCGAACGUUGCCGGUGAUCCACAGCUACUCAGACAAACCGAGUGACAGACAGAUAGGCCCUACCUCUCCUGUCAAACCAAAAAGACCCUUUGUAGAGUCCAAUGUAUAGAGAAAAGUUUAAAUGUUAAGUCAGAGACAAGGGAGGAGGGUUAGUGAAGAGUAGUUAAAAAGAAUUGAGUGCACUCAUAUAUUCCAAGAAUCACUGGGGCUAUGGAAUUAUUAAGGCUGGGCUAUGCUUGAAACAAACUAGUUCGUACGAAGUGUACGACAUUUGGAGGGGCAUGUUGCAGUAAUUGUUCAAAUGGGGAUAACCAGACACACUUUGUCUCUCCUUGAAGGUAUUCAUGGUUGCCCUUGGUUGUACACAGGAAGAGUGAUUAAAGUAGUUGUGUGAAGAAAGAGAAAAGAAAGCUUGAGAAGUUCAAAUUCUGCCUACAUUUUCACUUCCGCACACCUGGCCUCGUUGCGUGAAGUGGGCGGGCUUGCUGGAUUGUCGGUUUAGGAAAGCAAUUCAUUUGAAGUAUACUGACUCCUUUUUUAUUCAGAAGAGAUAGGGGAAAGCAGUAGUUAAACAUAAAAGAUGAUAUGGAACAUAUUGCCUGUUACAGGUCAGGUCUGUCAAUUAACCAGCCAGAGACAAAAGAAAAGAAGCAAGGACCAAGGGAAUGAGGGAAGGACGAGAGUGCUUAAACAUGAGACAGCUCCUGCCAUUAUAAAGCACAGUGAGGAAGAGGAAGAUUUGGGGGAUAUCAGAAGUAAACACAAAAAAGACACCAGAUAGCACCAAAAUCCUUCCUUCCCUCCCUGUUCGUCCCUGGCUUACAGUACAUUUCAAAACUGAAGUCACUGAAUGACCAGAAUGCACUGCUCUAGAGUUUUUCUGCCAAGUUCACGUACACGACUCUAGACAGUGACGUUCAGUCAGACAAGAGCGACGCAAAAGCACCACUAUCACCUUUGUCCGCUGCUGACGGCUUUAAAGAAGAUUUUCAUUUCAAGUUUGAAGCGCUUAAAUGAUACGACUGGAACCCUGGAUACAGUCACUGCAGGAUCCAGGCUCUAAAACUUGUGCCAGUCAGAUGCUGGUCAGUGACCAGGUCCCAAGCCAUAGUUUGAGAAACUAGGAUGAUGCUGUCAUUGAAUAAGCACUGACUUGCUGUAUAUAAAACGAAAAUAAGUGAUAUUUAUCUUUUUUAAGUUAUAUCUGUAUUAAACUGUAUAAAUAUUGUUUCUCUUAAAACUGUAUAUUCUUUUUGGAUUUGCCUUUAUAUGUUUGUUUUGAGGGUUUUUCACACAGAACAUAGAAAUGGAAGCCUUCUUUUCAAAGAGACAAAAAAGAAGAGCAAAGUUGAAGUCCAGCUUUGCUCAGUUUUGGGUUAACAACCCUUCCUGAUCUGCAAUGAACAUCUUGUAAAAAUGCCUUUUAAGGUUUUUGGAUUUUUUUUGCUGAGUUAUUUUUGUUUUCUAUAAAGGCCUUUUGUAUUCUGUAAUCCUAAAGGUCCUGAUUUAUGCAAACCACAAGAAUCCCAACUGAUAUACCAGGGCCCUUUAUACUUAUUGCCAUGGAAACAUACAUGCAUACAUGCCCCAUGAGCUAGCGAUUGGCUCCUUCUACUGUAAGUAACUCAAUUAAAGCCAACUGACCGUUCGCUAAACCCCUUCCCCCAAAACAGCGAUUGUCCAAUCAUAGCUUAGCAACUGUAACUAGGCAUGACCUGUCAAGCUCUGUAUUUCUCUGUCAUGUUGAAGUUGGUGUGCAUGGAGCUGUAGUAAAAGCGAUGCUCGACAUAAAGAGUUUGGAGAGUGGUAUAUAUUUUUUUUUUCUAGCCUUUCCAAACCAAAAACACAACUGCAAGUAUAAGGAAUGGAUUCCACAGUGGGCUGCUUAGCACUGCUCUAAAGUGAGCUGCAGUCAUUAGGAGGAGGUGAAAUGCCGCCUCCUAUUUGUUUGGAGCACAACACAUUACACGUUGUACCUUCAAGGGAACGUUAGCAGCUCGGCUCUGCUCCCUUAUCGUGUUUCGUAAAGUUUACCCUCCAGCAACCCCAGCCAAAUGUGUUCGUUUUUAAAAAAAGUCACAUGGAGAUGCAGUUUUCAACCAACUCAUGGAGCUAAUGUUAGCUUAAUGAGCUAGCUAGCUACAGCUGUCAAAAUCAGCCAGCGAACGUUCUCAUUUCAGAUGGCAAAAGAAACGGUUGACGGAUAGAAAUAAGAAAGCUGCUUUUGUUUACCUCUGAAAUAAAGGACCCGUUGUUUCAGACAUUACUAAAAACUUUGAGUAGUAAAUCUGUCACCCUCAUUGUAAACAGAAUAUUUGCUGUGUGAGAAUGGAAAGCUUGACAGGCGUAGCGACAGUAACAAGGUGAGGGGGUUCGCUAAUAAUCAAUUCCGAGGCUAGCUUUCCAGACGGGGGUGUGACUUUUUUUCAGAAAGUUGGACUAAGCUUUCAUUUUUUUUAAAUGUAUUUUAAGCACAUGAAUGCCUGUUUUUUUGUACAUUUCUUUUUAUGUGUUUCUAAUGAAUCAGCAGCUUGGUUUCAGAGUUGCUGAUGCUAAUGGAACCUCUGACCUCUCUGUCACGGUACAGUCUCUGCGACCACUGCCCUUAUUUCUUACUGCUCAGGAGUUUCCAGCUGUGAGAAGAUGUGCUAAUACUUAAUCACUCUGGUUCACACGCCGUUUUCAUGGUCGGACUGCUGGGUAUGAUAUGUAGUUCUGGCCAGUUAGAAUGAUGAAGUACGUUAUUAGCAAGUUGAUUGGAUGUUUAAGACUAGUUUAAAAUUAAUUAAAAAGAUAAAGCGUGGAAACAGCUCGUCAUAGUGCAUCAGUGUUGCUUUAAACCCUUGAUCAGCCGGAUGACAAAUUGUCCGUAAUAAAACAAUGUGCUGUGCUGUACAUGUAGGAUGUAACCCCGAGCCUGCUUAGGGGUCCCGAGCCCCGAGUUUGAAACAUCACAGGUAAUCGAGCAUUACUCCACCUGUUCCUACCUGGCGGUGUGUGUUCCGUUAGUGGGUUUACUGUGGGCUUUUUCACUGUGUGUAAGAUAAGUUAAUAUUUGAAACCCAGGACGGUUACAAUAAGAACAUCAUUAUUAAACAUUUAAAACAACAUGAAUGUGUUUUUAAUGAGACUGCUGAAGUAACAUUACAAAGAAGAAUAAAGCUGAAUGAAAGACA